AUGUCGUCCCUCUUUGACGCCGUCCUGCAGUCCGAGCUGGGCUCGACGACCGGGCCUCGUGAUUAUCGCCUCCAUUCCGACCAGCUCCCCAGCUCGCGGCCGCAGCCCCCGUCCGAAAGCAAUGGUCCCAUGAGCGAUGCGCAUGCCUUUCCAGAUGAUCAGGUCCCCGAGAACGGCACGUCGACCACCAGCCGACUCCGAAAUCCCUACCUGCCAGGACCUCCUCCGGUAGUCGACGUUGCGGGCGAAAAAGUACGCCAGGCAUUCGAAGAAUUGCUCGAGACCUUCGUCGACGAUCCGCUAUCGUCGGCACCCCCUCCGACCUCGUCGCAAGCUUUCAGCGACAAAUACUACAUCGCCCAAAUUCAGGGCAUGCAAAAAUUUGGCCUUUCGACCCUUUACGUCGAUUUCGCUCAUCUGACUACCUUGGAUAACCAGAUUCUGGCGGACGCCAUCACGAACCAAUACUAUCGGUUUCAUCCCUUCCUAACACAAGCCUUGCAUAAUUUGAUCGCCAAAUAUGUACCAGAAUACUACGCAAUCCAUCGUGAGAUCGAUCCUUCGAACCAGGAGGCGACCUCGUCGAUGUUGACAGCCGGUGCCAGUACCAGCGAGAACCCGCUGGACCCCCACCAAGCGGAAAAAACCCACCGACAGAAGACGCGCCACCAGCAGAGCGACAAACUCUUCUCCCUGGCUUUCUACAACCUACCCCUAGUUUCUCGACUCCGGCAGCUACGGACCUCCCAGAUCGGAAAGCUGCUGUCCGUGUCGGGCACAGUCACGAGAACGUCGGAAAUUCGCCCUGAAUUGUCCUUGGGAACGUUUAUAUGUGAACAGUGCAAGACGGUCAUUCCCGAUGUGGAGCAGACGUUCAAGUACACCGAGCCCUCAAAAUGUCCGAACAACGUCUGCGGCAAUCGUUUCGGGUGGAGGCUGGAUAUCGGCAAGAGCACCUUUGUCGAUUGGCAGAAGGUGAAAUUGCAGGAAUCGUCCCAUGAAAUCCCCACCGGCAGCAUGCCCCGUACCAUGGAUGUGAUCCUGCGUGGUGAGAUGGUUGACCGUGCCAGGGCUGGUGAGCGGUGCAUCUUUACCGGUACUUUGAUUGUCAUUCCCGAUGUGAGCCAGUUGGGACUUCCUGGUGUGCGCCCGGAGGCCGUCCGCGACGACAGUCUCCGUUCGGGUGAGGUUGGAGGCGGCGGAGUAACAGGCAUUAAGGCUCUUGGCGCUAAAGAUUUGACCUACCGACUUGGCUUCCUGUCUUGUAUGGUCAUUCCCGAUCUGUCCACUCCGGGUCAGCGAUCACAGCCGGCGAACGGCCAGGCGCAAAAUAUUCUCAACGCCUUGAACCCCACGGACGAGGAUGUGACUGAGGACAAGGCGCAAGAGGCGCUCCUUCAGAGCCUAACUCCCUGGGAAGUUGAGGAUAUGAAGAAACUGGUGCAUUCCGACUACAUAUAUUCCCGCCUCGUGGAUUCUAUUGCGCCUAUGGUUUACGGUCACCGGCAAAUCAAGAAGGGUUUGCUUCUUCAGCUGAUCGGCGGUGUCAGCAAGACCACGGAGCAAGAAAGCAUGCAGCUUCGUGGUGAUAUUAACAUCUGUAUCGUUGGCGAUCCGUCGACCAGCAAAAGUCAAUUCCUGAAAUACAUCUGCUCCCUGCAUCCUCGUGCGGUCUACACCAGUGGUAAAGCUUCCUCUGCAGCUGGUUUGACUGCCUCUGUUGUCAAGGAUGCUGAGACCGGAGAAUUCACCAUCGAAGCUGGUGCUCUAAUGCUUGCUAACGGAGGCGGUAUCUGUGCGAUCGACGAGUUCGACAAAAUGGAUAUCAGUGACCAGGUGGCUAUUCACGAAGCUAUGGAACAGCAAACCAUUUCUAUCGCCAAGGCCGGCAUCCACACCACCCUCAAUGCGCGGGCAUCGAUCCUUGCCGCCGCCAACCCGAUCGGCGGUCGGUAUAACCCCAAGGUGCCAUUGCGUGCCAAUCUGAACUUCAGUGCUCCCAUCAUGAGUCGAUUCGAUCUCUUCUUCGUGAUUAGGGAUGAACCCAACGAGACGGUGGAUCGCAAUCUGGCGGACCACAUUGUCAACGUGCACAUGAACCGUGACGAGGCUGUGGAGCCCGAGUUGAGCACCGAACAGUUGCAACGGUAUAUUCGCUUCGCUCGCACGUUCAAACCGGUGUUCACCGACGAGGCCAAGGCGCUGCUCGUUGAGAAGUACAAGGAACUCCGUGCCAACGACGCCCAAGGUGGCAUGGGCCGGUCGUCUUACCGCAUCACGGUCCGACAGCUUGAAUCCCUGAUCCGUCUCUCCGAAGCGGUUGCCAAGGCCAACUGCGUGGAAGAGAUCGUACCUAGCUUUGUGCGCGAGGCCUACGAUCUCCUCCGGCAGAGUAUCGUCACCGUCGAGAAAGACGACGUCGAAGUCGACGACGAGGAGAACGCCGAAGAACACCGGGAAGAAGAUGAGGAAAUGGGCGAGACGGGCGAAGGCGACAGUCCUAUGCGGGAUGUGCCCGACGAGGAGCCGAAACAGCCCCGCGAGAAGACCAAGAUCUCGUUCGAUAAGUACAUGAAGAUCCUGAACUUGAUCGUGCAGCGUCUCAGCCAGGAUGAGGCGGCGUCCGGCGAGGGUGUCGAGCAGGAGGACCUGAUUGUCUGGUACCUCGAGCAGGUUGAGUCGGAGCUGAACACCGAGGAGGACCUGCAACGGGAGCGUGCCUUGUCUGCCAAGGUCUUGAAGCGCAUGGUGAAGGACAACAUUCUGAUGCCCAUCCGAGGCGAGGGGUUGGUUGACACAGCCAAUGACGAAACCCAAGGAGAACAGCUGCAGCGGACGGUUUAUGUUCUGCAUCCCAACUGUGCGGCUGAUGAGCUAGUGUUUAAUGCCUAA